CAGCAACGAUUACUGAUUAGUGUGGCGGCGAGUGCGGCGGGGCCGCCCGCUUGGAACUCGAAAAUGCCGCCGCCGACUCGUAUCGGAGCCCUCGGUGCUGGUGUCAAUGGGGAAGUGUUCCCCGGUGAGGCAGCGAGGCGACCGCGCCUGGACUCAGCCCCUGGCCUGCCCGCUGCCGAGUGAUUAGCUGUCGUACGCGAUCAGCUGACUGAGUGCGGCCGCGUGCACCGGCGAACUCACGGCACGCCUCUACAUGUGCUACGCUUACUACACUUACUACGUUUGUGUCAUGAUGUAUAUCAAUGUAUUUGGGUGUUGACGAUUUUUUCGUGUUUCCAAUGUGGGCUCCGAGGCUGCCUUCGUCUGGCUGCAAGAAUCCCGGGAAAAUGAAGAUCUGCACGUAUUUGCUGCUGAGUUUUUUAGCCGUGCGAGCGUCGCCGGAGCCGCGGCGCGCGCCGAGUAUACUGGAGCCGCCGCGCCACGUGUAUUUCACCAACGACACCGGCGCACUGCUCAGCUGUGCCACCCGGGGAGACUAUCAGCUGGACUGGCUUCUCCCAGACAACACGGUGGCCGGUGCCUUAGCUGGACUUCGCCGGGUGCUGGCCAACGGUUCUCUGGAACUGCCCCCCUUCCCCGCGGAGCACUUCAGAAGAGAUGUGCACGCCACCACGUACCGUUGCCGACUGAGGAUCGCCAGCGGGUUUGCCGUGCUCUCCAAGAAUAUUCAUGUACAUGCGGCACUAAACAUACCAUGGGAGAUUCACGUGCCAGAUGAGUACGUGAUGGCCGGCAAUGCUGUGGUGCUGCGGUGCGUGGUGCCUCCCCACUGCGCCGACCGAGUCAGCAGCACCGACUGGUUCACUGAUGACCAGGUCAACGUGCCGCAUCAUUUAGGAUCUAAGUACCAGCGUCUAGACGACGGGUCAUUGUACAUAAGCGGGGUCAGCCCUCGGGACCGGCACAACGCGUUCCGGUGUCGUGUACGGGACCGGAUCACCGGGACCUUGUAUACUAGCCUAUAUUUCGGUCACAUAAUAGUGACGGAACCCAAAGGCGGCGUGAGGCCGCGGAUGGCGACGGAGCCGCGCACGCGACGCAUACAAGCCGGACAAGAUGUCCGAUUGCCGUGCGCCGCGCAUGCGUGGCCGGUGCCUAGUUACAGGUGGUUUCGCGAGCACCACGAAGAACUAAUUCCCAUAGAGAAGACCUCUUUAUGGUCGAGAGCACGGCUCCUCGGCAGCGGUCUACUGAGUCUCCAAGCCGUGCGGCGUGAAGACGCCGGCCGUUUCGUGUGCUGGCUCAACAAUACCGUGGGGGGCGAGUCCAUGCACUUCACACUUAUUGUCACAGAACCCAUCUCCGUCCGAAUAAAGCCCGAAGUGGUGCGAACGAAAACGAAUGCUGACGUUACAUUUGAAUGCAAAGUGUCGGGGCAUCCAAUCGAGCUAGUCUACUGGGUGCAUGACGCGAAAGUCGUUAAACCGAAUGAAAGACUCAAGAUUUCUGAAGACGGCCUAAGACUACAUAUCAAAAAUUCUCAGAAGGACGACCAAGGAGUUUAUCAGUGUUUUGUCAGCAAUACCAAGGAUCAGGCUUAUGGAGUUUCAGAAUAUUUAAUAGAUGUGUCCGAGGGUCGGUCGCGAUCUCCCGGCAACCGCUCGCGGCGAGCGCCCUUCGCUCGCAGCACACACACACAUGAUACUGACUGGAACUUCACGGGCACUAGAGAAUCGAAACCUGAGUUAGUGUAUUGGUUCUCGGAGCAGACUCUUCAACCAGGACCCAGUGUGUCAUUAAAAUGUGUGGCUAUGGGACAUCCUCCUCCGCAGUUCACAUGGCUACUUGAUGGUUUUCCCAUUCCAACUAAUUCGAGGUUCGUAGUCGGGCAACACGUAACCCUGCAAGACGACGUGGUGAGCCACUUGAACAUCAGCCGCGUGACAGAACAAGAUGGCGGCGAAUACGCUUGCGUGGCUUCCAACAGUGCUGGAAAGGCACUCCAUGCCGCCCGAGUCAACGUAUACGGACUUCCCUACAUCCGAGAGAUGCCUAAAGUCACAGCCGUGGCGGGCAGCGAUCUGAAUAUCAAGUGCCCGGUCGCCGGCUACCCCAUCGAGUCAAUCACGUGGGAAAGAGAUGGUCAAAAUCUACCGCUAAAUAGAAGACAGAAAGUGUUUCCCAAUGGCACCCUGAUCGUGGAACAAACACAGCGAGGAGAAGACGCUGGUACCUACACGUGUCAAGCAGCGAACAGACAAAGGCACGCUGCGAGACGAGACGUUGAAGUACAAAUAUUAGUUCAGCCGAAAAUCUUGCCUAUACCGGCGCUAACAAAUUUAUUACGAGAAGGUAUGAGGGCGGCUAUAUCUUGCCAGAUCUUAGAGGGUGAUUUGCCUGUCGCAUUUCGUUGGGAGAAAAACGGGCAGCCUGUGACGUCAUCACCUUACGCUCCUAGUGGCAUAAUAACCCGCAGAAUGGAUGAAUACAGCGCUUCGCUGGUUAUAGAGCAAGUGACGUCUCUACACAGUGGGAACUACACGUGCAUCGCUUCGAAUGUUGCCGGUUCAGAAAGAUACACAAUACCUCUAACAGUUAAUGUACCACCCCGAUGGCGAUUGGAACCUAACGAUGUAGCAGUAGCAGCUGGCCAAGAUGUAACCCUGCAAUGCCAAGCUGACGGCUACCCGAAGCCAACGAUUACGUGGAAAAAAGCCGUAGGUAACACGCCUGGCGAGUACAAAGACUUCAUGUUUGAAGGGAGCUCAAGGGUCCUGGAGAAUGGCUCGCUCGUAUUCGAGCGAGUGGCCAAAGACAGCGAGGGACAUUAUCUUUGUGAAGCUAGGAACGACAUAGGCGCCGGAUUAAGCAAGCUCAUCUUCUUAAAAGUCAACGCCCCGGCGAGGUUUCCAAUGAAGAGCAAGACAGUGCAGGUGACAGCUGGGGAGGCAGCUCACCUGCAAUGUGCUGCAUCAGGAGACGCGCCUCUAGAAGUCAGCUGGCGAAGCCCACAUCAUCAUACUAUCGCACACCAUUUGGAUCAAAGAUACACAAUUCGGGAACAAGUGUUAGACGAUGGAUUAGUGUCUGAGUUAAGCAUCCUACAGACGUAUAGACAGGACACCGGAGCCCUAACGUGCCGAGCAUCCAACGCAUAUGGACAAGAUGAAAUGCUCAUACACCUUGUUGUACAAGAGGUCCCCGAAAUGCAAAACAUAAGGAUAAUCGAUCAACAGUCAAGAGCGAUACAGAUAUCGUGGACACAACCAUAUGCUGGCAACAGUCCUAUCAUAAAUUACAUCGUACAAUAUAAGGAAGCUCCAGAUUCGUGGCCAACGACUCCUCAAAAAGUGAUAGUCCCGGGAAGUGUUACUUCAGCGAGCGUGCAGAAUCUACAACCAGCGACCUCGUAUCAUCUCAGAAUAAUCGCUGAAAACAGACUGGGACAAAGCGAGCCGAGUCAGCUGAUACAAGUUACUACGACUGAGGAAAUUCCAAGCGGCCCUCCACUGGAUGUAAGAGUAGAAGCGAAAAGUUCUACAGAACUCAUCGUCAGCUGGGAACCACCACAAAGAGAUUUAUGGAACGGGAAUAUACUUGGAUACUAUGUGGGAUUUCAAGAGCUAAACAGUAACAGCACAGUUCUAAGCGCAAGCGGUCCGGGCGGGGCAUCCUACACAGUUCGUACAGUUGAAGGGGCCGGUACUGCUCGAGCAAGGACCACACUCUCAGGCUUGCAGAAACACGCCGCGUAUGCAGUCGUUGUACAAGCUUAUAAUAGUAGGGGAGCGGGCCCUGCCUCGCCUCCAACUACUGCCACUACCAUGGAAGAUGUUCCCAGCCUGCCUCCAGGAGCUCUGCAAUGCACAGCGCUAAGUUCGCAAUCAGUCCGAGUAGCAUGGGAGCCACCACCCCUCAGAGGACGUAACGGAGUACUACAAGGAUACAGAGUAACUUACGCACCCGUCACCGAUUGGUAUGGUAAUGAAGAAGCAGUUACUAAGCAAAUAUCAGGGUUGCACACGACGUUAUCGGGACUUCGGCGGUACACCAACUAUUCGGUGACUGUGUGUGCCUUCACUGCGGCUGGGGACGGAGUUAGGGCAGCUCCGGUUUAUUGCCAUACUGAAGAAGAUGUACCCUCUGCUCCGGCUGACAUCAAAGCAGUCGUAUCUUCGCGUAACAAGAUUUUAGUAUCAUGGCUUCCACCAGCUGCCCCGAACGGAGUUCUCGUGGGAUAUACUCUCUAUAUGAGCGUCAUUGAAGAUGGACGGGAGGAGGGUACCCACAAACGCAUGCUGUCUCCAAGCACGUUAUCCCAUGAAACUUCGCGUUCACCUCCGCGGGCAACACACCAGUUCUGGGUAUCAGCAUCAACAAGGCUUGGAGAAGGAGAAACCACUCGGGUUGUUACAGUUUUACCUUCUGAAUCAGUGCCGGCUCGGAUCACGUCUUUUAGCCGCAGCAUCGUGACUCCUUGGAAGGAAAACAUAUCGUUGCCCUGCAAUAAGGUUGGAGUCCCUACUCCUUCUACCACGUGGAGCAUGAAUGGGGCUACUUUGGAGUCAACUCAGAAAAACGUGACUAGCGAUGGUUCUCUGAUCAUCAGCAUGACGCAGUACUUGGACAGCGGAAACUACACGUGCUCGGUAGAAAACGUUCACGGCCGAGACGAGGUGACCUACAGCGUCGAAGUGAAGGUGCCUCCACAACCCCCUGUGUUGGCCGUUGUGGAUUCCUAUGCUGACUCGCUACAUCUUCAGUGGAGCGAUCAGGGCGAUGGUGGCAGUCCAAUAUUAGGAUACGUGAUCAAUUACAAACGCGAGCAUGGUGACUGGGAAGAGUUGCAAGUGGAAGCCGGCACAUCAGAACAUGUUCUUCCUAACUUAUGGUGCGGAACUCGCUACCAGCUGUAUAUUACAGCCUUCAACCGCAUCGGUACUGGUCUGCCGUGUGAUAUUGUACAUGCGUAUACUAAGGGCACAGUUCCAGUAAAACCAAAGCACUCUCAAAUGAUAACGCUGAACACGACAACGGUGACAGUGUGGCUAGACUCCUGGGGAGAUGGCGGCUGCGGGAUUCUGUACUUUGUCAUAGAGUACCGAGAAAUCAGUCAAUCGCAGUGGCGUUUAGUAUCGAACAGCGUGCAGGCAACGGAGCGAGUGUUCAGCGUGCCAGGACUAACUCCAGCCACACAUUACCAACUGCGGAUCACCGCACACAACAACGCGGGACAUGCCGUCGCGCUCUAUAACUUCACUACGCAUUCUCUUAGCGGGAGCGUAGAAGGCGAGGUGUCGGGCGCGGCGCCGGCGGGGCGGGCGCUGGGCGGCGCGCGCGUGCUGCUGCCGGCCGCGCUGGCGCUGCUGGUGCUGGGAGCGCUGCUGGCCAUCGUGCUGCUCGUGCGCCGCAACAAAGCUGGUGCAACGGAGACGGUAGCGACAGAAAGUGGAGUCGGCGAGUCUCCAUCAGUAGCACAGCUGCAGAACAAGGUCAACCGCGACCAGCAGUACUUAGCGGCGAGGGCGCAGCACCCGGCGCCACAGCAUCAUUAUAAACAUGCUUCUAAUGAGUACAUAGAAGACAUAUGUCCGUACGCGACGUUCCAACUGACGAAGCCGACGGCGUACAGCGAGAGCAGCUACAGCGGCAACGUGUACAGCGGCCCUUACCACUCCGUCAGAGGCUCCUUCGUGUAUCACGACCUUAAGCAGAACGAUAAGUAUAAGGGCAAAGAGCCUGAGUACACAAAAGUAAGAAGAAAAGGCAACAGACUCCGAGACCCGCACUCAGAGAGCCAAGAGUCGGACAACUUGGGCUCGACGGACUCGGAGGUGAAGAAGAUACUAACGCUGCACCUGCCCAUUACAGAGUACGAAGACGACGCCAGCGACGACGCCAGCGCGCCGCACUCCGACAGCGAGCCGCAAGCACGGCUGCGGCCCGCACAUCCCACUUCAUAUCCAAGCGUAGAACGCGAGGAAUCGUCAUCAUCAUCAGAGAACUCAGUAGGCGGCGUGGUCCGCAAGGCGUUCCCCUCGCGCAAGGGCAAGGCGGCCGCGCUCGGCAAGCGACACGUGCGCUCGUCCUCGGGGUACAGCAGCCACAACGACGAGACCACCUUCAGUAUAUCGAACUACCCGUCUUUCAACGAGCACAUUCACCCGCCGUCUCGCUUCUCCGACGACACAGAAUGCGAGGGACAUCACCGACGCAAGAGGGCCCCACAUCCGCAUCCCUCGCACCCCGCACACGACCCUAAGGUCACUAGGGAAGCAUUCCAAAUAAACGUUUGAAAAUAACAUUCAAAUUAAACGUGGAACGGCACUAUUAAAGAUGGCGGCCUUCAAGCCAAUCAAAUGACAUGAAACCUCAUUGGAAGGCGCUGUCAAUGUCAAAAUGUACUGAAAAGACUAUGUACGAUUUUGAGUCGUAUUCUCAAACUCGUAAAGUCUGUCUGUUGAUACUUGAAAAAGUUUUGUUACUCUAUGAGAGUGGGUGAUAAGGCAUGGUCAAUCUGGGUUAAUUUAUUCUUACAAAACUGCACUAUUAAUAUAAAAUGAUGGAUUAAAUUAUGUAUCUAAUUAUCUCUCUAUAAUAUUUU